CCAGAGGCAGAGCAGCCCGGUCAUGCUGGGCAGUGCCAUCCAAGAACAAUCAUAUCUUUUUAAUGCUUUCUGGUGCUUCAGGAGUUGCAGGGCUGCAUGUUUCCUGCACUUGUGCUCCUGUUUAUUUCAGUCUCUGCAGCAGGGACCAGCACACAAUUAAGUUCCGGAUGGGACCAUGGUUUCGUUUUUAAGAGCCGAGCACUAGGGCACAACUUCUCCUUUGUGUGCUUUGUGCUGCCCUGCAUGGGAGACCUCCAAGCCUGGGCUCAGCAUUCUCACCCAGAAAUUGUGUUGUUCCUGGUGGGAUAAGGUCUUGGAAGAGCUUCUGGAGAGUUACUGAAGGACAGAAUAUUUACUAGGAGUGAUUAAAGACAAUGGAUCCAGACUUUUUAAAUGCAUUUACACAGCCUUCUACACUCGAUCGAUUCCUAGCUGAGGAUGUCAUCGCUAAAGGGGAGAAGAGGAAACUCAUAAAACCGACCCCAGGCAAAAACCCCAAACUGGAAGAAUUGAAACUGUUCUUGACUGAGUGGAUCAACAGAACUCUGAAAGAGGAACACAUAGUAGUUAAAAGUCUGGAGGAAGACCUGUAUGAUGGGCUGGUACUUCAUCAUCUCCUGGAAAACGUAGGAUCUCUCAAGCUGGAUGUUGAGAAGAUUGCAUUAACAGAAAAAAAACAGCGACAGAAACUCUCUGUGAUUCUGGAAGUUGUGGCCAAGUGUUUGCAACUGGAAGAAAGUCAGCUGAAAUGGAGUGUGGAAUCUAUCUUGGCAAAAGACUUACUGAGCACACUGCAUCUUCUGGUUGCAAUAGCAAAGCACUUUGAACCCACCCUGGCUCUGCCUCCAAAUGUUCAAGUGGAGACAAUCACCAUCGAGACUACCUCCAGAGGAUUAAAGACCUCAAAUGCGGUGGAAUAUAUCACAGAAAACAAAGAGAAUAUGGAAGCACAGUCAAAAGAUGAUGCCUUUGAUGAAUUAUUUAGCUGUGCUCCAGAUAAACAGCAUGCUGUAAAAAAGGCACUUCUGCAAUUUGUUGACCAGCAUGUUGGAAAAUUAGGAUUAAAUGUCAAAGACAUCGAAUCUCAGUUUUCAGAUGGGGUUAUCUUACUUCUCCUAAUUGGACAACUAGAGGGUUACUUCCUGAAUUUAAGGAAUUUCUUCCUGACUCCAGCCAGCACCGUGGAAAUGCUGCACAAUGUUAACCUGGCACUGGAGCUGCUAGCAGAGGGAGGCCUUCUGAAUUUUCCUGUGAAUUCUGAAGAUAUUGUGAACGGAGAUACGAAGGCUAUAAUGCGAGUUCUGUAUUGCUUGUAUUCCAAAUACAGAACCAAAGAAGCAUGAAGAACAAGGCCAAGAGCAUGAGCUACCAUGGUGUGGUUUUUGGAUUCCCAGCUCUGUUUGCCGCUGCUUCUGGGCAUGCACUGGCAUUUGACACUUGCUGUGUUAACACUGUAUAGCAAAUAUAUUGUUCAUGCAAGGUUUCACAUACACAGCCUGAGCAAGUGUAAAUGUGUGUCCACAGCCGAUGAAAUUCUGGGGCUGUAGCUCUUCUUCCAGAUCCUGCCUUCUGUAUUCUCUGAACUCCACCAAUGCUGCAAAGAAAUUAAAUGUGUGUUUAUUCUGGGCCCUGUAUUCUUUGCUCCUGAAGGUGACUUUGAAAGUUGUUGCAUCCUCUCCAUUUUCCUGCUUCUGGAAGUCAUUUGGAGAAUUAGAGAGGAGAAAGACCCACCAGAGUGGGAGGGCUGAGACACACCUGAAGUUCAAAACCUGCUUUAGGGAGGUGGCCAGUGCUGUCAGACAAGAGGAAUGAACUGGAUGACAAAUUAAUAGGUAGCAAAAAUGAAAUAUGAACUUACCAAGUGUUCUAUAAACUUGUGAACUUACCAAGUGUUCUAUAAAAGUGCUCAUUUGCUUGAAAAUGGAAAAGGCACUCAGCACAAUAUGCUGGUGUGAGACUGGGCAGGAACAGGGGGUUCUCCUGCACAGCUUUAGAAGGAUGCCCCUAUUUCCUUGCUAAGCCAGUGCCAAACCAUGUCCAGAUCCAGUUGAAGCCCUGACACCAACUCUGGCUAGCAGGGAUGCCAAUCCUUGUCCUGCAUGUUGUGAGAGGGAGUCACACAUCUGCACUUUGUCUGCAGUAAGAGGUGGGCAGAUGCUGGCUCUGCAGCUGGUGGAGCUAGAGGCCACUACGGGUGGGAGCAGUGAAUUCAGCUUCCCAGCACCUCUGACAGCUGAGUCAUCUCAAACUCCUCAGGCACUCCUAGGUGAAUUUGUCCAGCCUCCAUCCCCAGCCUCCCAGCAGUUUCCUCUGGGUACAUCAAGGUAGCCACGAUUUAUUAAUGAUCACCCUCGGUCUUUCCUGGGAGAUUUAAAUCAGAACUCCUUUCAAAACCUCCAUCUACUCUCUUGACCUUAAAUUUAUAUCAUGUUGCAUAAAACUAGAGAUACAAUUAGGAAAAAAAAAGCAUCAGUAUUUUUUUUCGCUUCCAUCUAAACUGAAUAAAUUUCCUGCCAUGGGUAACUCUGAUGUUUGGUCUCUGGUCUGAACCUCCAUCUGUGUGUUAAUGGGAAACCAGAGCUUGCUGGGUGUGUUGACAUUUACAGAGGAGAAUUUGUUGUAUCUACAUUUGCAUCAUGCAGCCCAGGGAAGAUCCUUAAAUAGCAAUGCUGGUAAGUUUUGAAAAUGGUAACACUGCACAGCUGCUGGGGGACAGAGCUGUGCAAACUGCCCUCAGACCAAUCCCUUCUGCACCAAGAAUUAGCUUGUGACAUUUUUACAGAGAAAAAUACAAUCUUUGGUGCCAAUGAGCUACCAAGAUCACUUGAUUCUCCAGCAAAUAUUAGUUGUGUGUGCUGAUCUGGACAACUUAAGUAAAGAAUACUUGGUUCUUUCAUUUCCAAGUCCCCAUAGGCAUCUUGCUUGAUUCCUUAAUGGGCUUCCAAGAAUCAAGUGGGAGACCUGAGAAGUUCAUUCUUCCUUUGCAAAAUUUUGUAGCACUGCACAUAGAAUAUGCAUUUAUUGUAGAAUGAAUUGCUGUUGAGCAGAUAAACCCAGGAUGUGGCUUGUGGAAAGCACGGGUGAGGGGGCAGGAGGGCCUGGGCAGUGAUUUGGUAGCAGUGUAGCCUUUUCCUCCUGGGAAGCUGUCCUGAACGUCUUGCCCUGUGCUAGUGAUCAGAAUUCAGUUCCAGUGUGUGACUCCAGGCAUAUGACCUGGGUUAGGAAAAAGCCACCAGUGCUAGGAGGAUUAGCUAGUGCUGCUCUGGUUAGAUGGCUAUUACUGCUCAAGGAAACUGCUGGAUUUUAAUCAUUGUGCUCUGAGUUUUGUGUUCCACUCCUCUGACAUAAAUAAAUCCAGUGCUUGUACUUCCAACAGGGGAAGUCUAGAUCUUGAUAUUUAAUAAAAGAAAGGGUCAUAUUCCGUUUCCAACACCAGCUUGGCUACACC